AAACUUUUGAUUCUGUAGUAUUACAAAAACUUCCACAAUUUACUUGGGAAGGAUUGAAAAUAUAUGCAGCAUGGUUAAGUUUUCAAGCAAUUCUUUAUGCUGUAUUACCAGCAAAAAUAGGAUAUGGUCAGAGGACACCUGCAGGACAUAUUCUACCUUAUAAAGUAAAUGGACUAUUGGCUUGGUUUCUUACUCAUAUUCUUUUUAUUGCAGGUGCAUUCUAUUACAAUUGGUGGGAUGCAUCUAUAAUUCAUGAUCAUUGGGGUUCUCUUCUCAUUGCAGCAUGUAUAUAUGGAUAUUCUCUUACUUUCUUCUCAUAUGCAAAAGCAUAUAUUAUGCCAUCUCAUCCAGAAGAUCGGAAAUUUUCUGGAAGUUUUAUUUAUGAUUUAUUGAUGGGUAUUGAAAUGAAUCCUCGCUUUGGGGAAUAUUGGGAUUUUAAAUUAUUUCAUAAUGGAAGACCUGGAAUUAUUGCUUGGACUUUAAUUAAUUUAUCAUUCGCUGCUGCUCAAUAUAAUAAAAUUGGAUAUGUAACAAAUUCCAUGAUUUUGUUAAACUUUUUACAUGCUGUUUAUGUACUUGAUUUCUUUUACAAUGAAGAUUGGUAUUUAAGAACGAUUGACAUUGCACAUGAUCAUUUUGGAUUUUAUUUGGCGUGGGGAGAUACUGUUUGGCUUCCUUGGAUGUAUACUGUCCAAUCUCAUUACUUAGCUCGCAACCCUAUUGAUCUUUCUAUUCCUUAUUUCCUACUUGUGCUCUCGAUUGGAUUAUCUGGAUAUUAUAUUUUUCGAGCCGUUAAUCAUCAGAAAGAUUUAGUUCGUCGAAAGAAUGGUAAUUGUCUUGUAUGGGGUAAACCUGCACAAUUCGUUAAAACACAUUUUAUUACAAGUGAUGGAAAAGAACAUACUAGUAUUCUGUUAACCAGCGGUUUUUGGGGUAUAUCACGUCAUUUCAACUAUGUUGGUGACUUACUAAUUUCAUCAGCUAUGUGCUUAACUUGUGGGUUUAAUCAUUU